UAGCAACAAAGUCAGAAACUUGGUCCUUUCUUAGCCAGUUUAGCCAAGUGCAAUGUUGGUGGUUGGAAACUAACUGUUGCAGCAGAGCAAAGCGGCAAACCAAGGCGGAGAGUAACGGCCCGUAGAGCAUGCGCAGUGCAACGGCUCUCAAUGUUCUAGCUCUAGCGUUGGCUACAAAAGCAAUCAGCCAACAGUAAUAUGCCCAGUCGUUGCUAGCGAGUUGAAAGUUAAUGUUGUGGCUGAAAAAAAGUUAGAAAUAAAGAGGGAUUGCCACUAGUCACAGGACAUUUCGGACCGGAUGCAAGCGUGCGUGACAAUUAAAAAUUAAAAUCCAAGUGAAUAGACCAAAGGCAACCAAAGGCAGUGCAAGUCAGAUAAUUGCAGGCAGAGAGGGGAGGUGCGGUCGGAGCAGCAUGUUCUUUCGACGUAUUUUGGAACGCAAAGAUAGCAGCAGUAACAAUGCGCCGCUCCCUAUAGCUUCCACAGCAACGUCAGCGGCCAAUGGCAGUCGAACCCGCACGCCGAUGAGUGACUACAACAGCGAGGACAGCGAGAGUGUCACUUAUGUGAGUGGUGGCACUGCCAGCGAAGUCAAGGACAAGAAUAACAACCAGUCAGGGACUGGGACUGGGGCUGGUAUGAAAAUGCAACGACGAGCAGAGGCCCCGGCGAUGGGUGGUGCAACUGUGCAACUGACACCGCUGUGGGAGCAUAUUCUUCGCACACGCCGCCUGCCGGAAACCAUUAGCCCCAGCGCCAUGUUUGCCGAGUUCCAUGAGCGGCUGCAGGAUCCCGAGUGGCAGGUGCGCCAGCACGCCCUGCGAGUGCUCGUCGAUGUCCUUGUGGUGAUGCAAGACCGAGCCGACAGCCACAUGGAGGAGCAGCAGCUGAUCGGCCUGCUGGUCGAGAACCUGGGCCACCAGGCGCCCACCGUUCGCAAGGGAGCACUCGACUGCCUGCGCGUGUAUCUGGCGGAAACAGCUGUACCCGAAUCGGUGGUCCUCAGGAUACUCGACACUGGACUGUCCCCCAAGGACUCGGACCACGGGCGACUUAGCUGCGGCGUUCUGCUCUCACUGCCCGCCAUACUCCAAUCGAUUUUGCACACCCCCCAGCGGCAUUUUAUCGUGCAGCAGGCACUGCAGCGUGUGGUGCAACAUUUGGAGCAACUGCCGCAGCAGGAGCUCACGCUGAAGGUUCUGUCCAAGAUGCGAGAGCUCCUGGGAGUCCACGAAUUUGAAGCCAUUAUGAACACGGUGGGCGGACACACCACCCUCAGCAAGUACUACCAACUGUGUCAGGUGUAUGGAGUGUCUGAGAAGCAGAAUCGCCUGGGAGAAGUCAAAACGGGCGCCUGGCGGGCGCUGCCCAGGGAGCAGAGCUGGAGGAGCAGCAGCCAUCCCUUGGACGCUUCGCUGCAGCUGCAGCAGGCCAGUUGUUCGGACAAGGGAAAGGUCAUAAUGGAAACGGAAAUCCAGAUCAAUGAUGACACCGUCACCAUGCGGCUGCUCGAGGCGGACACUGAGACGGAGGAGUCCGACAGUCCAGCGCGAGUUUACUCCCAGGAAAUGGAGACCAAAGAGCUGGUUUGCCGCUCCUUGCCGAGUGCGAGUAGAUCCAGGGUAGAUCAGGAUAUGCGAGAAGCGGCAGGCAUCGUGCAAGUCAUCAGCGACUCUGAGCUGGAUGAGCCUCCAGCUGCUGCGGCGGGAACGGAGAACAAGUCAGAGCCCAGCACGCCCUCGCGUGGCCUGAAGCGCGUGACAUUUGGUGGGGAGGUGGUGAAAAUGCGCACACCCGACAGCGAUGCGGCCACCAGCAAUACCAAGCGAACAGCUCAACCCAUUGUUAUAGCGCUGGAUGACUCCUCGGGCGCCACGCUGCAAUCGCCGUUGGAGGAUGAACCUCUCGAGAGCACACCAAGUGACAGCAAGACCUCAGCGCUGGUUGUGGAUAUACCCAAUGAUAAUACGAAGCCAUUGCCACGCCCAUACAGCUCUCAGUCGGUGCGAGCACAGAGCCAAGUGCAAGCGGAUCAUUCCACGACAAGUGGCAGUCCCAGUCCCAGCUCCAAACAGCAGGAAGCAGACUCCAAGCAGACUCCAUCGCCGCAUUCCCCACAGCUCUACCGCAGUCGCAGCACGAGUCCAGCGGGCAGCAACAACAUCAGUCCCAAGGUGCCGCACAAGCAGAUCGAAGUGCUGCACAAUCUUCAGCGGGAUCCAUCGCCGCGUUCACAGCGCCGCAAUGAGGAUAUGGCAGAGCGUUCUCCAUCCCCCGGCCAAUCCCAGCGAGCACGCAGCAACUCCAUCAUAUCCGCAGAGUCGCCAGUGACACCAAAGUCCUGGGAGGAUCUGGACAUUGUCAACUAUAAAACUCUGAUGGAUCUCAGAUCUGGGGACUGGCGGCAUCGCCUGCAGGGCUUUGCCCAUCUGGAGCUGGCCCUCAGCUCCUCGAGCAACUUGGCUCAGGUGCAGCCGUACUUGGACAGUCUGCUGCGCACUUUGCUCUCCUCCGAGCGACACUUCGAGGUGGCUGAGCUGAAGCGUGAGCUGCUGGUGAAUUUGAUCACACGCCUGCCGCUGGACAACUUGGAGGAGCGCACGCUGCAGAUUCUCACAGGACUGUGUCGCCAGGGCACCGCAGGAGCCAAUCGAGUGUGCAAGGCGCUGAUGCAGCGACUGCCAGCGGGCACAAUUGUGGCCAAGCUCACGGCGCCAGAGUUUAUGCAUGCCAAGAGCUCAAAGUUCCGUGAUCAUGCACUCCAAAUGUCCAUCUUCGCUUUGAUGACUUUUCCCGGCACCUGCUUUGACAUCAACCUGCUGACGGCGCAGACCAUUUACUCCUCGCUGAAUCGCAAGCGACGCGUACGCCAGGCGGCUCUGGAGGUGCUUGCCGUCCUGGCUGACAUCUCUUCGGUCAAGCAGGUGCUGGCCAUCGUGUCCGAAAUGGCUGCAGGCGUGGAGCUCGGUCCACCCAUGCUGGAGGCUGCCAGAAUGCGUCUGUCCCGCCUGCAGUUACCCAUCAUAACGCCGGACAGCUCCGUGCUCUUUGUCUUCAAUCAAACGGACACGCCCGGCAAUCGGCGUGGUGCAGAUGUGGACUGGAUCAAUCAGGGCGAUGGCUCAGCCUCACCAAAUGCUGUGAAGAGGCGACGCAUGCGUGCCGCCAGCAGACAGCGUGGUGUGCAGGAGGGCACGGAGGCAAAGGACAGAACACAGACACUCCACAGUUUUAGUCACGUCAAUGAGAAUCUGCAUCGACAUUCCUUCCACUCUCCGCCAGAGACGCUGGACAUGACCAGCCCCAGCCCCAAUGACUUUUCGCAGAGAUUAAGUUUUGGCGCUAAUAGGACAAUGCAUGGAAACCUCAUGGAUCGCCGCAUGGUGGGCAAAACCUGCUCAGACACUUCGAUGGACGGCCGAAGCACUGACAGCACGGCAACCACUUGCAGCAGUGGCAGCACUGGCAGUUUUAUACAGCUGACAGGCCGCACUGGCAGUCACUUUGCGGCGCCCAAUUCAAGAUUUCCCGCCAUGCAUCAGCACACGGAUUUUGUGAACAAUUUUAUGCGCAGCAUGCAGCGUUCCAGCACAUCCUACGCCAUGGAUGGACAGGCGUAUCCAAAAGUUAGCUACACAAACCCGAAGUCAACUCAGCAGAGUCAAAUGCUGCGCAAGAAGCUGCAGCAUCAGCACUCCUUUACCAUCGCCCAGCAGAGCAACAGAACACGAAACGCUGGCCAGGCACAAGAUGGCGAAAUGCACAAGAAACAGCGCAGCUUUUCCACAGAUAAUCUACAAUCAGCACAGCAGUUGGGCAGGGAAUGCGCCGGCGCUGGCGCCACAAAAUCAGAUGACAACAAUCAGCCGCCUGCUGGCACCUGCUGCACGGACACAGAGUACAGAAAAUCGAUGCAAAUUGUUGCAGAGAGUGAGCAGCAGCAGGUCGAUGAUAAGUCCACCUGGGAAGUGUUUCCGCCACCGGCAGAUGGUGCACAAGAAAAUGUUUAUGCUGUGAUUCCCUACAAGGAGUUUUUCUCUCGCAGCACAAGCGUUCACACAGGAGCGGAGCCGGAAGCGGACAAAGUACCCACGGAUGGCUCACCGCUGUCUGUAAAGUCCACGAGUUACUCCCAGAAGUCCACAGCCUCAGCCAAGUCGAGCAACAGCGGAACGGAGCGACGACCUGCGAGUGCCGCGCGCAGUGCCGAAAGCGUGGAUAAACAAUUGGAAGUGCUCAGUCUGGAGCGCAAUGCGGUGGAGACCUUUGGCGAGCUCGUCGUGGAUGAUAUUGUAUCAAACAUAGAGGAGGAAGCGGAGCAACUGCACCGUGAGGACUCUCUCAAACGCAACGAGAGCGUCAACAGUCUCCACAGCAAAACGGAGAGCAUCAAAACGCAGCUGGAGGACGCUUCCCCGCAGCUCUCAAGAGCCCAAUCGACCAAGUCGCUGCCCAUCGAAGAGGACAUCGAAGGCAGCAACAGUUUUGUGGUGGUGGAAGAGGUGCAGCAUGAGCUGCAGGCAUCACCCAGUGACUCCUCGCCGGUGGAGCAGCUGCAGGCGGAACCACAGGCAGAAAUCGUAGAGCCAGCACGCAGUUCCUUUAGCUUAAAGUCGGACAACUUGGCCCUGCAGCCGCGCAGCAUUUCCCUGGAGUCACUCUACGGCGCACGCCCUGCCUCGAAGCAGGGAUCCCUGGAUAACACCAGCACCAGCACCACAGACAACACCUCGCAGUCGGGCUCGCAGCUGGGCAACAUCAGUGCUAUCGCUGCCAUUGCUGUCAGAGGGAAGGCCAAGCACACGCCGCUCAAGCAAAAGUCAAAGACUUCGUAUUUCCUGCGCGGCCAGCGGCGUGUCUCGCCGGUGAAGCAGGCCAUUAAGAUCUCGCAGGCGGAACUGUUCCCCCAGAACAUGUCGCGCUUCGAGAAGCCACGCGAGGCUCUACUCAAGACCCUUGACCAGCUGGACUCCAGCAACUGGGAGCUGAACAUUGUGGGCUUGAAGAGCCUGGUGCGGCUGAUACGCUGCCACGCGGAGUUUCUGGACAGCCACAUGCACAUGACCUGCAUCCAGCUCACGCGCUCGGUGCGCAAUCUGCGCUCCCAGGUGGCGCGCGCCUCCUGCCAAGCGGCCGCCGAGCUAUUCAGCUUGAAGUCCAAGUAUCUGGAGCAGGAGUGCGACGAUCUCGUCUGCGCGCUGCUGCAUCGCACCGCAGACACGAAUCGCUUUAUACGCGCGGAUGCCACACACGCCCUGGAGUCCAUGGUGGAUCAUGCGCAGCCCGUCAAGGUGCUGAAUAUCCUCUCCAGCAAGGGUGCGCAGCAUCAGAAUGCCCUCGUGCGCACCUCCACGGCCAAGCUGUUGUUCAGACUCGUCGAGCGGCUGGGCAGUGAUCGCAUCUACGCCAUGGGGAGGGACCAUCGCGACAAGUUCUUUGUGGUGGGCGCCAAUCUGCUGCUCGAAGGCAGCCUGGAGACGCGCAGCUAUGCCAAGUCGCUGUUCCGCGCGCUGUCCGAGCACAGCAGCUACCAGCGACUGCUGCUGGAGGUGAUACCAGCGCGCACGUACAGGAACGUGGAGAAGACGCUGAGGAGUAUAGCACGUUAGUAGGGAACACAAUUUGCAUCUUU